AUGCGAGUUCAACCAUUGGCAAAUGCCAUUGUAGCCUUUGUAUUGGCGCAAGGAACUGAAGUUCUCGGCAGACCAGGAGUAUUAGAUCAGAUAACCAUGCUGGAGCAAAGCAACUCUACUCUACUGCAAUACCCUACUCAGUUCACCCAGAACAUUGUCCCGAAACAGAUUCAUUCCCAUAAUGACUAUUGGCGUGAUGUACCUCUCCUUACUGCUCUGAGUUUUGGUGUUGCGAGCGUUGAGGCGGACGUAUGGUUCAUCAACAACACACUUUUCGUUGGCCAUGAAUUGGCAGCCUUAACUCCAGAUCGCACAUUUGAAUCACUUUACAUCCAACCUCUGCUUGCUAUUUUGGCUCGUCAAAACCCGGUUAAUGCGUUUACCGCGAAUCAAACCUCGCUCAACGGAGUUUUCGACACCUCCGGUGGUACCCCUCUACAGCUCCUAAUAGAUAUGAAGACGGAUGGGAACAGCACACUCGCCCCCGUGGUGCAAGCCCUUGAACCUUUACGGCAACUGAAAUACUUAACCACUUUCGUCAACGACACCCUCACUCUUUCCGCAAUCACUGCUGUAGGCACCGGAAAUACGCCCUUAGACGGAAUCAAGGCUCUAUCACCUCGAGACGUUUUUUUUGACGCGCCUCUCACGGAGCUGAACGAUCCCAUCACAACAUAUAACGUCACCCUCUCCCCGUUGGCUAGUACGGACUACGAGCCCGCGAUAGGUUGGCAUGGAAUAGGGAAUAUUAGCGAGGCCCAGCUCGGGAAUCUGACUACAUUCAUAAACGAUGCUCAUAGUCGAGGUAUUAAGGCUAGGUUUUGGGAUACACCUGGAUGGCCAAUUCAAGCACGACAUGCUGUUUGGGAACAGCUGUUGAAUGCGGGGGCAGAUUGGUUGAAUGCUGAUGAUUUGGAAGCUGCGAGUCAGUUCUGA